AUGGAAAACUUUGACUGUGUUGUGGUGGGCGCAGGAUGGUAUGGCUUGGCUGCCGCGAAGCAGUAUCACUGCACGCAGCCAGGGUCUUCUCUCGCUGUCUUUGACUCCCAACCCACGCUCGGUGGUACUUGGGCAGAAGAGCGUUUAUAUCCGGGCUUGAAAAGCAACAACAUGUUAGGGACUUAUGAAUAUCCAGACUUUCCUAUGGACAGUGAGACAUUCCACAUCAAGCCAGGGCAGCACAUUCCAGGAGAAACCAUCAACGUGUAUCUCAAAGCAUAUGCCGACAAGUUUGGCAUCACCGACAAGAUCCGUUCGAGCCACAAGGUCCUGGUAGCAGAACAUCAAGAAACAAGCGAAGGCGGGUGGUUCUUGACAGUUUCGAAUGCCAAAGAUGAAGAAACACAGGUGUUUGCACGGCGACUGAUCGUUGCAACUGGUUUGACUUCGGAACCAUGGCUGCCCCAUUUCGAUGGCCAAGAGUCUUUUGGCGGUCGCAUCUUUCACGGCAAGCAUUUUCAGCAGAAUGUCGAUACUUUGAAAACUGCAAAAGUUGUGACAGUCUUUGGAGGCACAAAAUUUGCAUGGGACGCUGUCUAUUCGUACGCAACUGCUGGUGUAAAGGUGAACUGGGUCAUCCGGUCAACUGGACAUGGACCUUGCUGGAUGUCGCCUCCUUAUGUCACACCACUCCAGAAAUGGAUGGAAAAGCUCGCGAAUACGCGAAUGUUGACCUGGUUGAGUCCAUGCGUGUGGGGCGAAGCUGAUGGCUAUACUCGCAUACGUCACUUUUUCCAUGGCACUGCUGUUGGGCGGACCAUUGUUGAUAUUUUUUGGAAAGUACUAGGUGCCGAUGUCAUGACGCUCAAUGCAUACGACUCUCACCCAGACACAGCAAAGUUGAAGCCUUGGACCGAGCCGAUGUUCACUGGCACCAGCUUCAGCAUUCUCAACUACGAGACCAACUUUUUUGAUCUGGUCAAGGAUGGCAAGGUCAGUGUCCAUCUCGGGGAGAUUGACCACCUCAGCGCUGGAAAAGUCCACCUUUCCGAUGGGACUGAGUUCCCCGCCGAGGUUCUGCUGGCUCAUACCGGCUGGAAACACGUCCCACCGAUCAAAUUCCUUCCAGAGGGUAUCGAGAAGGAGCUCGGUAUACCACAUGCACCCAUCGGGAACGCGCCCCGAGUGGACCUUGCCGGCCAGGCCGACCUAGUUGACCUAGCCGACAAAGAGAUUCUGGAGCGCUUCCCGAGACUCAAGAAUCAGCCAGUGUGGAACAAGAACUAUGUGCCCUUGACUGAGCAGAAGGGCAUCAAAAGCGAUGACGCAGUGACUCCGUACAGAACUCUCACUCCGUACAUGCUUCAUCACUUCAUUGUACCACCGUCGGAGCGCUUCUUGCGCACACGCGACACAGCUUUCAUCGGCAUGGUCAGCAACUUCAGCAACAUCAUCACGGCUCAUAUCCAAGGCCUGUGGAUCAGUGCUUAUUUUUCAGGUCUACUUGCGAAUGAUCCUACCGAGGCAGUUGGUGAUGAAUCGUCGAUGAAAAAGUUGCAAUAUGACACGGUCCUGCUGAACCGCUUUGGAAACUGGCGCUACCCUACAGACUGGGGUUUCAAUAAGUGCCCAAGCUUCGUCUUUGACGCUGUUCCGUACCUGGACCUGUUGAUGGGAGACCUUGGUCUGGUUCCAUACCGGAAAAAGGGAUUCAUGGCCGAGGUGUACUCGCCUUAUGGGCCAGAAGACUACCGCGAUAUCAACAAGGAAUGGCAGGAGAAAUUCGCUAAGAGCAAGGUUCUUGAUGUAACAUCAAGUCAAGAUUGA